CCCACCCGGCCAGAGGGCCCCUCUUCCCUGAACAUGUGGGAGGAAACGCCUUUUUCCAGCCGCAGGAUGGGCAGUGGCAGAAGGAAAGUCAUCUGGGCUCUGUGCUUCCUGCUGCUUCUCCUUGAAGCCAGCUCUGCCAAGAAUCUCUGGAAACGGGCAUUGCACACUAGGCUGGCUGAGAAGUCCCGCGCCGAGGAGGCGGGCCGGCNCGGCCGGCGCUGCUGCUACAACGGCUGUGCCUACGCCUGCCUGGAGGCCGUGCCGCCCCCUCCAGUUUUAGACUGGCUCGUGCAGCCGAAACCUCGAUGGCUUGGUGGCAAUGGCUGGCUUCUGGAUGGCCCUGAGGAGGUGUUGCAAGCCGAGGCCUGCAGCACCACAGAGGAUGGGGCGGAACCCCUCCUCUGCCCCUCAGGCUACGAGUGCCACAUCCUGAGCCCUGGGGAUGUGGCCGAGGGCAUCCCCAACCGCGGGCAGUGUGUCAAGCAGCGCCGGCAGGCAGAUGGGCGAUUCCUCCGACACAAAUUUUACAAAGAAUACCCAGAGGGUGAUUCCAAGAAUGUGGCAGAGCCUGGAAAAGGACCCCAGAGGCACUUUCAAUAAGGCAGCGGUGCCGCCAAUUGUGAGAACAUUCCUCCAUUUUUCUGCUAAGUCUUGGAAACAGUUGGAUAAAACAUGAUUUGACCCCCGGAGGUCAUGCCCAGCUCGACAGAGCAUGACCGCAGAGAUAUAAGACACCUGGCUCUCAAUGCCAGCAUGACCUGGCUGGUUGGGUGACCUUGUGGGAGCCCCUUACCAGCCCAGGUUCCUGUCUUAUCACACCUAGCAGUCCCACUUGACCUGACAGCCCCACAGACCCCACCUCGGGAAGAGGUCACUGCCUUUGUGAGCUGUACGAAGCCCCUUUCUCAGACAGAGUUCAACAUCUUGUUUACUAUACAUUUCUUCCAGAUUUGUCUCUGGGAGCCAUGUACCUAUCCCAAAUGUUCUCAAAAUAAAUUGCUUCUUACAAAAUGGA